UCAGCAUCGAAGGAAUAACGACUGAAAGAGGUAGCAGCAGGGGAACACUGCAGGAGGCAGUGCCUCCUGAAGGAGCCCAAAACACUGCUCUUCAAAUGGAACACAUCCAACCUCCAGGUGUCCAUGCAGGAUGUACCACUCUGGAACAUCAAGCCUCUCCCUACCUGCCAGCACAUGAAAAUAUUUCUACUUUUGACUCUAUCAAAGACAAUGGAAAACCAUUUUCCAGAUCAGCCCCCAUAGAUCCUCCUGAUGGCCUAACAACUGAACUACAUGUCGAUGCUGAGUAUGAUCCAUCUCAAUCAUUUGAGGAAUCUCUCCCUGAUAUGGGGGAUUGGAUGUACAAUGACAGACAUACGUUUAAUGAAGGAUUUGAAGAUAGUUUGAGUGAGGAGUGUGCAGAAGAGUCAAAUAUCAAGGACACAACAGACAAACCAAUAUAUGACAAUGUAUCAAUAACCAUGGCAGAGUGCCUUCUGAUCAUCAUGUGUUAUGUAAACUGUCAUAAAGUCACUGAUAAGGCCUUAAGCGAUUUGCUGAAAAUGUUCAAGUUGCUUUGUCCCGAUAGUCUGAAUACAGACUGCUUAAACAGUGUACAGAAGUUCAAAAACUUUUUUUUAUCCCGCUCUGCAUCAUCGCCUAUUUUAUUACAUAAAUACUGCAGUAAUUGUUUUGGGCCAUUAGAAAGUAAACAAAUAAAAUGCCUGUCUUGUGGGACCAGUGUGUCAGAAGAAAGAUCCUCAUCCUUUAUAGAGGUUCCAAUUAAGGCUCAAAUAAGGUCAUUGUUCCUCAAGCCAGGUUUUCAGGAGAAGCUUAACUUUAGAUUAAGCAGAAAGAAGGCAGAUGCUAACAACAUUGAAGAUAUAUAUGAUGCAGAAGUUUACAAACAGCUUGUCGAUAGGGGUGGUCCUCUUAGUGACCCUAAAAACAUCUCACUUACUUGGAACACAGAUGAAGACAAAAAUGGAUAUUUGUUAAGGCUCAUACAUGGUACUCAAAAUAUACCUAUGCAGAUGGUAAAUGUAGUCAAACUUGUGCAGUCUAUUCCAGUUAUUUCACAAACUAUUAAACCAGGGAAUGUGAUAGCUGAAUUUUACAGACAUAUGACUAAAGAUGAUAGUUUCUGUCAGGAAAACAAAUAUUUGUCUAGGAUUAAACUAUAUGGAGCAUCUAGUGAACUUCUAUUGGACACAGUUCACCUCUCUGCAUUGCAAAUACAUGCUGGUCACUGCAUCAAUUCUGGAACCGUAAGCAUCUUUCACAGGGCACAAGUUAAGAGAAAUUAUCUCACAUCAAAACGCUAUGGUAAAGGUAAUAGAAGAAACAAUUUUACAGUUUUUUUUUCAAAUGACAGACAAACAAAGUAUGGACAGAUUGAUUUCUUCUUUACCAUAGCACAAUCAUGUGCCAAAUGGGCCCUCGUUCGUGAAUUUAAACAUGCAGGUUUUUCUUUGCUGCAAGACAGUGUAACAAAUGGUACAUGCAGUCAUGUUAUUCCCCUAUUGGAAACCUCUGCCAGUACAGUAGUAUGCUUGAAAGACAUAUUGGGUAAAGUUGUUUUCCUUGACUUCACAUCUAUGCCUGGCAUUGUGUUUGCAGUUCAUUUCCCAAACACACUUGAAAAGUUUUAACUAAUUAAGAACUGAACUGGCCUAAGAAGCCACAAUUCAAAUAUUUGAUCAUUGUUAUAAACGCUCUGAAAAUACACACCGUUGUGAUGUUGCUGUGGAUGCUGUAAAAGUCUGUAAAUAUGUACUGUAUAUGGAGUAUCAUUGUUGAUUAAGUUUUUGCAUUGUCUAUAAUAUUUCAGUGGCCAAUAUAUUAAAAUGUACUUGUUAAAUAAAACCACUGUCUUUUUUAAUGAAUAUUUAGGCCUACUACGCUACUGUAUUUUAAUAUUAGUCCUUAUCAUGGUGGUUGGAGAGCCAAAUGUUUUCUGAAGUGGUACUUUGUGAAAAGAGUUUGAGAACCACUGCUCUAGAAAGUUCACUAAUGUUAAAAGGUCUUAAAAAGGGUAUUGUGAUCAUAACAGUAUUGUUUGGGUUCAGUUUUAAAUCUCACAAUUGUAGUCACUGAGUUACUGUACAUGGCGUGCGUAUAAGAAAUCAACACAUUAAGUAGAACAUUAUGCAAAUAAACCAUAUAGAUUUCAGACCAUAUAUCCAUAUUGCCUGAAUUAAUUAUUUUCUCCAAAUGUUGGCAUGAGAUAAACUGGAGUAUGAUUGAGGUAUAAUUAAAUUGUGCCAAUUAAAAUGUAUUUUUAAUUUAUUUUUCCUAAGAUAGA